AGAUGUAAACACUCUUACGGUUCGGUCUCCAGCAGCAUAAAUAGGCUGCAGGUCGCUGCUACUCUUACUGAUAGAUGAAGAACUGAAGAGAUGGAUCCUAAAAAGUUUGAUGCAGAGCCCGGAGACCUGAUUGAGAUCGAUCGUUGGAUGUAUCAGCACUGGGCCAUCUACAUCGGUGGAGAGGAAGUUGUUAAUUUCGCUCCUCCAAAUGGUGAUAUUGCCCUCGAACACCCCAAAGGACAGGUGAAGCGUGAGAAGAUCUGGGAAGUGGUCGGCAAUGAUAAAUUCAAGAUCAACAACCUCCUAGAUGACAAGUACCAGCCUCGUGAGCGUGACAUCAUCGUGAAGGAUGCCGUUAGGAUGGUGGGUCUGGAGCUGCCGUACCAUCUCACCUUUUGCAACUGCGAGCACUUUGUCACAUACAUACGCUACGGCAUUCCAGAGUCAACACAGGUUGCCGAAGCAGCUAAGACUGCAGAUAGACUUCUAGGUGUGGGGAUUUCAUUUCUGGAUGCUCUGAAUGAUUUCUUCCAUAAAGAUGCCAACAAAGAAGAAAGGAGAUAACCAAGGAGAUAACCAAGGA